GAAGAAGCUAACCUUUUUCCUUUCUGACAUCUCCUUUGGAGAGAUGCACGUGGUGUAAUUUAAUAAGUAAUUUAUAAUAAAAUAACAAAAUUAUUAUAAGAUUGGACGGCAAAAUAAAGUGAUACAAGAUGUCGAUGUACAAUUUCAAGAAAAUAGCUGUUGUUCCAACAGCCAAGGAUUUCAUUGAUAUUAUCCUAUCUAAAACACAACGAAAAACACCCACAGUCGUCCAUAAGCAUUAUAAAAUUACAAGAAUCCGAUCGUUUUAUAUGAGAAAAGUGAAAUUCGCCCAACAGAGUUUUCACGAUCGAUUAACCCAAAUCCUAACCGAAUUUCCCAAAUUAGACGAUGUUCACCCAUUCUACGCGGAUCUUAUGAACGUACUCUACGACAAAGAUCAUUACAAAUUAGCUUUGGGUCAAAUUAACACAGCAAGACAUUUAAUCGACAAUGUUGCAAAGGAUUAUGUACGAUUAAUGAAGUACGGAGACUCGCUUUAUAGAUGCAAACAACUGAAAAGGGCAGCACUUGGUAGAAUGGCGACUAUCAUGAAGCGACAAGGAUCUAACUUGACUUACUUAGAGCAAGUUCGUCAGCAUUUAGCUAGGCUUCCCUCGAUUGAUCCCUACACCAGAACAAUAAUUAUUUGCGGUUUCCCGAACGUUGGAAAAUCGUCGUUUAUUAACAAAAUCACCAGAGCUGAUGUAGAAGUGCAACCGUACGCUUUCACUACGAAAUCCUUGUAUGUUGGUCAUACUGAUUAUAAAUAUUUGCGUUGGCAAGUGAUCGAUACACCCGGUAUACUUGAUCAUCCGUUAGAAGAACGUAACGUUAUUGAAAUGCAAGCCAUUACAGCUCUAGCUCACCUCAGAGCUUGUGUCUUGUAUUUCUUCGAUAUCUCCGAACAGUGCGGACAUACUUUAGAUGAACAGGUGAAAUUAUUUGAAUCGAUUAAACCUUUAUUCGCCAAUAAGCCUCUUAUAGUAGUGGCCAAUAAAUGCGACAUUAUCAAGUUGAACGAAUUACCCGAAGACAAACGAGCUAUCCUGAAUGGUAUUGAAAACGAUAAGGAGAUAAAAAUGUGUGAGAUGUCUACAAUCGAUGACACUGGUGUCAUGGAAGUUAAGAGCGAAGCUUGCGAAAAACUCUUGGGAUUCCGGGUGGAUCAGAAGAUGAGAACUAAGAAGGUUGAUGGCGUGCUAAAUAGGCUUCAUGUGGCCAUGCCUAAGCAAAGAGAUGGAAAGGAUCGUCCGCCUUGCAUACCAGAAGCUGUAUUAGCCAAGAAACUCCAGAAACGCAAGAGGAAACUGGAAAGAGACAUCGAAGUCGAAGAGGGCGAUGAUUACGUUUUGGACCUCAAGAAACACUACGUCGAAAUUCCCGAAGAAGAGCGUUACGAUAUCAUUCCUGAAAUUUGGGAGGGACACAACAUUGCCGAUUAUAUCGAUCCUGAAAUAUUUGACAAAUUGGAAGAACUGGAAAAGGACGAGGAAUUAAGAGAGGAAACUGGCAUGUACGUUGUACCUAAGAUCGAAUUGGACGAAACCAUGCAAGAAAUCAAACGUUUGGCGGAACAAAUUAGACACAAAAAGGCGAUAAUACGAGAUGAAGCUAGAAUAAACAAACAAAGCAGGAAGCCUGUUAUGCCUAGAACAGCCGGUGCUAAGGUCAGAGACCGUUCAGUGUCGAAGCUUCGCGACAGUAUGGCAGACCUUGGUGUAGACUUGUCUGAUAACGAAGAGUCUCACUUCAUGAAUACAAAACAAAGAAGUAGAUCGUUGGGUCCUCCGGCUAAGAAGAGGAGAAGCGACGCCGACGAUACAGUCUCCAUAAACAGAAACAGAUCUCUUUCUAAACCGCCCAGGAACGAGAUGGGCAUCAAAGAUGUCGCUAUGAAGAAGAAAUUGCAUAAGAUUGCUCAUAGAGCGAUUGCCAACAAGGUGAAAAAGAUGGGAUUGAAGGGUGAAGCCGAUAGGUUUAUUGGAACUAAGAUGCCUAGACAUUUGUUCUCCGGAAAGAGGGGCGUUGGUAAAACAGAUAGGAGGUAAAAGUUUAUUAAUUAUUCUGUUGUUUAUUUGGUUAUUAUCAAUUAUACUACCCAAUACUAGGCGACUAAUAAAAAAUGUUUGAAUCAUGUAUGUAUAACAGACUUCAUUUCACCUUUCCUUAUAUUUUUUUAUUGGUAACUGAUCUACCGAAGGGACAAACAAUAAAACAAUUUAUCACACGAGGAAGUAUGUUUUAAUACUGGCGUUUUCUUAUAUAUUUCAUAAUAAAUUAAGUAUAGGUAUAAUAAAUAUUUACAAAAGUCGCGUACGUUUCUACUUAUAUUCUAUAUCUAAAUAUGAGGAUAUUUUUUUGAAUUUGU